AUGCCGCUCAAGGCCAAAAUCAACAACCCAGCAUUCAGCUCCGGCGACAAGGCCUCUGCCGAAGACGAAACAGAUGUCCUUUUCAGCAGCACCAACAGUCUCCGCAAAGUGACCCUCAACAGGCCAAAGAAGCUCAAUUCCCUCAAUCUCUCCAUGAUCGAAAAGAUCCAUCCGCGGCUCGAAGCCUAUGCGACAAGCCCCGGUGCUAAACUCAUCCUGAUCAACGGCAACGGACGUGCCUUUUGCGCCGGCGGCGAUGUCGCAGCCCUCGCUACCACCAACAAGCAAGGAAACUACCAAGUUGGCAAGGACUACUUUGCUGCAGAGUAUCGUCUGGAUCAUAUGAUUGCUACCUACAAGAAGCCAAUCGUUGCUGUGGCAGACGGCAUCUGCAUGGGCGGCGGGGUGGGCCUGACCAUCAAUGCACCCAUCCGAGUCAUUACUGAAAAGACCGUCUUUGCCAUGCCUGAAUCAACCAUCGGCUUCUUCCCUGAUGUCGGUGCAAGUCGCUUUCUCGCCUCGCUUGGCAAUGUCGGCAAGUAUCUGGCAUGUACAGCAGAGCGUCUGACAGGCGCACAAGUCGUUCUCGGCGGUCUCGGUACGCACUACGUCCCCAGCGAGCGUCUGGCGCAUCUCGAAGCUAGACUCACAGAGAUGGACACGUCCGACCUGGCCGCCAUCCGAAAUGCCGUCUCGGAAUUCACUGCCCCGAUUGACGAGGCCUUUGUCCUUGAACAGCACAAGGAAGACCUCAAGGCCUUUGAGCAGCCCACCAUCCCAAAAGUCCUCGAGCAGCUCGAUCAGCAGUCCUCCACGUUUAGCAAACAAACAGCAAAGACGAUGCGCGCCAAGUCGCCCAUCUCACUGGCUGUGGCCCUGCAAGCACAGCAGCAAGGCAAAGGUUGGAACAUCAACGAAGUGUUUGAGCGCGAGUACAACAUUGCCGCUGAGUUUAUGCACAACCCAGAUUUUGUCGAGGGAGUCGAGGCGACGCUCAUCCACCGCAAGCCGGCUGAGUGGCACGAGAAGAGUUUCGACGUCAAUGUAGACAAGUACUUUAGAGGCCGUGCGCGGCUCUUUUAG